GAAAGAGAGAGAAAGAGAGAGAGAGAGAGAGAGAGAGAGAGAGGGGCGGGCUCUCUUUAUCCACCACGUUGGCUUUCGGGUGGUAAUUCUGAGAAACGCUUCCAGGUGUAAACAGUUGCGGAUUUAGACGUGACGUCUCGCGCGUGAGGAGGCUUCUCUGCUCAUAGUCUCACUGCUGAUCUUUCUCACCUUGCAGGAGCUUUACCUGACAUUGUGAGGAGUAUCAGAUCUGGAGGAGAGAGUGGGUGGGGGUGGGUUGAGAUGGAUGAGCAGGAGAAUCCAUUGGAGAGAGACCACUUCCUGUCUGUGGUUCUGCCAGGGGGGCUGGAGAAGAACGCCACAGUGCAUGGAAGCAAACCAGUGAUGGACCUGCUAGUGACCCUCUGUGCAAGCCACCACCUGAACCCGUCCGACUACACCGUCGAGGUGCUCUCGCCAAACAAGAACAACAUCAGCUUCAAACCCAACUCUCCCAUCGGCUCGCUGGAAGCGGACACGAUUGUGCUGAAGCCCAAAAGCACGGAUGAAAAGAUCCGGAGGCCGUACAUGCCCGAGCCGUCUGUACGUCUGUUGAUCAACUACAACAAGUCCCAUAAGGCCGUGGUGCGAGUGAAUCCCAGAGUGCCCCUGGAGAUGCUGCUGCCGGUGGUGUGUGACAAGUGUGAGUUUCAAGUAGAAACCACCGUCUUAAUGAGAGACUCCGAGUCCGGAGAGCCACUGGCCCUGACGGACACCCUGAACGGCCUCGGGCUGCGGGAGGUGUUCGCCAAAGACACGGCGGACCACCAAGACCAACACAGGACCCCUGAAGCAGAAACAGCUGCCCCGCCACCAGAGGCCGUCUCACCACCUCCGCCAGGUAACGCGUCCUCGAGCUCGGUCUCCGUGCGAGCCACGCUCUCUGCUGACUCAUCUUCUUCUUGUUCUCCAGUGCUGCCACAGAAGGAGAAGAAGCAGAAGGACAACACGGGGUUCCUCAGCCUCUUUAGAAGACGGAAGAAAAAAGGCAAAACGAGCGUCCCGGCUUCUCCUGGCCGCGAUGCACAUGUGGGAGUCGCCGUUUCCUCUUCUAACACCCUGCCAGCCGACGUGCCCAAGAAGAGACCAGCCCCUCAGCCGCCCAUGAGCGUGUCCCUGAGCGUCCCCGACGACCUCGGGACCUGUCACGGAUCACAGAGGUCUGCAGAAUCCACCUUAAGGAGGACCAAGAGGAGGGCCCCACCCCCACCCUGUGCAAACACCCACCAGGAGCCAGAGGCAGACCCAGAGGUUGAAGGGACUCUAGACUCCCUGAACGCUGCGGAGGAGGAGCUGAAAGAAAGCGACGAGUCCAACUCUGUACACCUAUCAUUGCCCUCAUCUUCAUCAUCGCCACCUCCGCGGUCCUCCUCAUCCUCCUCGCGUCCGUCAUUCUCUCGUCUCCAUGAAGUGACCAUGCCUUCGUUCCGAGGGAAGGACCUGUCCGACGCCCGCUGUGCUCUCGCCAAGGUCCUGACGUCCUCCGUUUCCAAAGGAACCCUGGUCCAGCGUUUGAGGAACUCUGCCACCUUCCCAGAGUUCUACAGCGGCUCCUCCUUUACGCCCCAGAGGGGCUCCGAUAAUGUCGGAGCACCUCCCUUCUGUGCACAGCUUGAGCCCACGUCCAACCUCCCCACGGAGCACGAGGAUCCCGCGCAGAGGAAAGGAAUGACCACGUUCAAGGUGGUUCCCUCGAAGACGCUGAAGUCCGUGGAUGCAGAACUCACCCCGGACCAGAUGACGAGAGAAGAGGACUCUGGGAGGGAAGCUCCUCUAGAGGCUGAGGAGGAUCCACGUUCACCUGACGGAUCAGAGGCUCAAACACCUUUGCAGAGUCCAGAACCUUCUUCUCAGGAUACUCCAUCUUCUCCUGCACCACCACAUGAUGUAGACCGCUGUGGGAGUCUUGGCUCACCCAUGUCUGAGGUCAGGGUCACCGUUGAAAAGCAGACGGAAGAAGAUGAACCUGAAGUCCCAUCCGAGGUGACGCCAGCAGACUGCAGAGAUGGGGAACCUACCGGUGAGGGUCAGGAGGACCGGACUGAGUGCCAAAGCCCCGGUGGACUGUCUGCAAGUACAGACAUGGACCGCUGUGGUCCAUAUACUGAAGAAGUGGGACAAGAAAAGAAAGAACAGGAUUGCUUUCCUUCCCCCCCUCCUCCUAUCUUCUUUGAUGAACACAUGGAGGAGAAGGAGGAAGAAGAUACGACAGCUUUUUCUCCGCCGUCUUCUCAGCUACCAAGUCCAACCUCCAACGGGCAAACUCACCCUGCGGCGGCACCGGACAAGAUGAGCUCGGCCCCUUCCAGAUUUGCGCAGGCUGUGGCGUUGGCCGUGCAGAGGACCCGUCUCCAGAGCGGUGGGAAAGGUUUAGGCCCCCAGGCCCCCAGUCGUCCACUUCCCUCACCACCCAGGUCCACAUACCAGUACGGUGCCUGAAGUCCUCCUUGUUUAGGUUCAUGAACAGGAGCAAGGACACCAUGUGACCUCCAAAUGACCUCCAAAUGACCUCGGAUGACGGACGGCAUCGGUUCCUACGGUGAUGAGCACCUUGACUUGGUCUCUAACCCUUUUUUAAAUUUAUUUAUCAGUUUUUGUGAAAGACGCCUUUUGUCGUCGAGUUUCAUGUCCGGACUUCACAGGUUGAACAUUUUCCAUUGUCAAGUCGGCCAAAAGCACAGGACCCGAGUUGUUAAAGGGACAACGUCCUGUUUUCUUCUUUCUACUUCCUUUUCACUGAAGAUGUGCCAAGGGCGGUCGCGGCGCCGAAGGGAGAGCUUUUUAAAAGGUUUUUGUUGGUGUGAAACAAAAGGAAUGAUGACCUCUCAUUCUAAAAAGCUUCACUAUGUUUGUUAGUUAGUUACUUUUAUGCUUUAAGACACGCAGGCUGCAUUAAAACUCCUUUUCUUUUUGGCCACCAGAUGGCAGAAGUGCAUUGUUUCUGAAACAAUAUAUAGAUAUGAGUUCUGGUGGAUGCAGCACAUUAUGUAUAAUUUAAAGAUAAACCUCAGUAAAUAUAGUUUUUUCUAAUAACUGCAGAUGAUGAAUGAGCUGAAAUGAAACAUUAUGACAAUAUUUAAGUCCAUUAAAAUUUUCCCAGAAUAAAAAAAUCAAAAACAUA